UUUGUAAAGAUACCUAUAAUGGGUUGGGUCUGGUAGGCAAGCGCGUGGCGUUUGGCAAAGGCAAGUCGAAGCAAGGUGACGGAAGACAUGUGCAGUGAUAUCGAUUCCGUUAUACGCGAAGGAUGCUGAAUCCGUCAAGAUUCGAACACAACGGGAGGCAGCAUUGAAAAGAUGGGAAGAACGAAGAGCUCAGGAGAUAGGAUCACCGUUGUGGAACGUUCUUGCUUUCUCAGAGUCCAUGUCUCCCGAAGAACUUGAUACCGCUUUCCAAGUUUUCGUCAAGUAUCAAGUUGCCGCCCCCUUUGAAAUAGUAUCAGUACGCUAUCAGAAGGCUGUUUUGGAAGAUGUCCACGUUCCUGUUGUGCGAUUGACUCCUCGGCCUCGGCCUCAGAAUAAGUUGGGGCUCAAUCAACAGGGGGAGGAAGAUUGGUGUGAGACGAUGGAAGGCCUUUUUGAGUGGGUUGGUAUGGCUGAGCUUGGCGCCACAAGGCUUAAAGCUAAUGACCGGGUCGAUCCCUUCGUCGCGGUUUACCAACCUCCAUCGCCUACGCGUGUUAGGAGUGUCACUCACCUACAAUGGACAGGCUUCAUCGGGCCUUUAUUUGUUCAAUCAUUGGUGGAAUUUACAUCCCACCAUCUCGUUCAAUCCCUACAAACGGACCGCCCAGACUUUCUUAGCAUCUCCAGUCACGCAUGUACUUGGGCGCCAGUAUCCUAUAUUUCUCUCAAAGCUCAAACAGGGGGGACAGACGUGAGACCCCCGCUGCGAGAUCCGACAAGGGACGUAGAGGAUUCUUGGUGCUUAAUUGCGACGGCUCCUCAACACGGUGCAUCUCUGGAUGCGCACAAUGCGAAGGAAUGCGCAUGGGUUUUGGCAGAAAGCGUCGGAAAGCACGACUCACGACUGGGUUAAUCACCUUGCUUGCAAGGUCUAUUGCACUCCGGAAGUUAAGUUGUUUUGUGCAGGCACGUUUUGGUUGUGCUUGGCCUCAUGCUUUUGCCAAAUGUUUAUAAGCAUCCUGAGCUCUGUGCUUGCCUUGCGGCGCACAUAAGGUGCACCGCAUUCUUUCCUCAAUACUCAGAUUAAUCAAACACAAGGCUUUUGAAGUGUGUAUAUCCUGUAGUGCACCUUAUGUGCAUUGUUUUUUUCACUUGAUACUUGAACUAAAAUCUACACCAGACACUCAGAUGAUACUUAGACCACCCUACACUUUUUGCAUACAUAAAUCCUGCAUUGUUCCCUAGUUCCUGCCAUACUACCAGUUCUACUAUCAAUUUAACCAUCUGCAAAACCUGUAUUUUUGGCUAAGGG